AUUAAUUGUGGAGAUUAAAAGGUGAGAGUUUAAAACUCCCAAAAAAAAGUUAAAAGGUUGUUACGUAAACACGACCCCGAUUGUUUCUUUUGAUUUAGAAUUACCAUGGGGAGAUAAAUAGGCCCAACUAAGUCCACAAAUUUGUGACCGUGAAGCUUUACUAUGGGCCGACAAAUAGCCCGAAUUUCCCGUAAACUGUAGUAUUACUUUAGCCCCUGUACAAGCUUUAUUAUGCAUCUGGUUUAGUCUUGGUGGCACUGUGCUUUCCACACUUGUGUUUGCUUACUAUAUUUGUGUGCCACUUGGGUUCUAGGGUUCCACGCCAUCUCAAUGUGCUGACUGUUCAAUUGCAAAGUAGUCUUAGAAUGGGGGAAGAAGCUGAUAACAAGUUCAGAUGGGUGAUUAAAAAGUUCUCAUCUCUGGGAUCCGAGAGAGUCUUUUCUGACAUAUUUGUGGUCGGUUCUUGCAAAUGGCGUCUUAUGGCCUAUCCCAAAGGAGUCAGGGAUGAUAGAUGUUUCUCUCUGUUUCUGGUGGUUGCUGAUUUCAAAACUUUGCCUUGUGGCUGGAAACGACACACAAGAUUGCGCCUAAAUGUUGUUAAUCAACUCUCGGAAGAACUUUCCAUACUGAAAGAAACACAAAUGGGGUUUCUGGUGAAUGAUGAGGUCAAAAUUGUUGUGGAGGUUGAUGUUGUUGAAGUUAUUGGAAAAUUAGAGGAAUCUGAAGAGGCAACACAACCUCUGAAAAAGGUAAAGCUAGAGGCUUUUGUGGAAUCGAAAGAUUUGCUUAAGGAAACUUCAUCAGUAAAGGAAGAAAUCAUUGAUGUCAAUGGGUUUCAUGUUCUUCCUUCCCAGGUGGAAUUUGUUAGCCCUGUUUUUGAAAGAUACCCAGAAAUUGCAUCAGUAUUCCAGGCAAAGAAGCAACAUUUGAGAACCGCAUGCAUGUAUGUCCUCCUCAGCCUAAUCGAGACACUGUGCAAGUCACUGGAAGAGCUCUGCAGUGAUGAUCUUGUGGGAGGUGACAAUGCAUUACAAUACCUGAAAUUUUCGGGCUUUAAGGUUGAUUGGUUGGAGAAGAAGCUGGAGGAAAUUAAGGUAAAGAAGAAGGACGAACAAAUUGGUGAAAGUCGUAUGCAAGAAUUAGAGGAAGAAUUGAAGCUUUUUAAGAAGUGCUCAGAUAUAGAAGCUCUUAUGGAGACAGAGAAGACAAAGUUGUUGGUCACCAGAGGUUCUCCUCUAACGUUGGAUGAUGUUCUUUGAAGACUUCUGGUACUAUGCGUUUGCUGUCUAGGUUUCAAAAUUAAAGACUUCCCUUUGAAAUUGGAAGUUCCCACAUUUUGUAUAGAACCAAAUUUUUUGGUAGUAAAUGUUAAGAAGCUGAUGAUUUUUUUAUUAGCCUUCGUUGCUCGUCAGAAUUUUUGAGACUGAGAUAUGUAGUACUCUAUUUCUAGGUCACCAAAUCAACAUUAGUACAUUAAUGUUCUAGUGAUAUUUCUUUUAACCUUUCAAUUUUCACUAA